UCAGACGGUUUCCUCCUUUGAGCGCAGCCCACCAACUGGUUUGGAAAUUACUGGAGUGAUGCAAAUGGCUACUGUACCGAGGAGAAGAAUUGCCGUCCGUUUUUCGGUGGUCCCUAUUCCAUUGAUUGAGAGAGCAUUCCCAGAGCUUGGAGGGGAAAAUCCGCUCACCUCAGUUCUUCGGCCCUUUCCUCUUUUCUCACUGUCAUUGCAGCACAUCGCCUUGAAUGUCCCUUCCAGGAGGAGAGAUGAAGGUACCUUCAUCCUUAGUCAAUCAACCUUUACUCCCCGAAAGAUUCAGGACGUUAUCCGGCCUAUAUGCCUUCCAUCACCUCCAAGUGUCCUACCCGUGAACUCCCCUGAGGCCAUCUCUUUCCAACUUCGGGAGGACACCGACCAAAAAACGGAAAACACUAGAGUGUCAGUCAUUCCCACCACACCACUCAAGCUCGAGCCUCCGUCUUCGGAACGACACAAAGAUAUGUCAUAUCAACCGCAAUCCACCUCAAGCGUACAAUUUGUUGACGCCAUCGCUAGCUCACCAGAAACUUCCUCCCCUUCUUCUUCCCUUUCUAUGCUGAAAGUUGACUUUUCUACUAUUGAUGAGGAAGACGAGAAGGAUGGUGCCAGUGGAGUCAUGGGAGUCGCUGAAUACAGCAAGAAAAAAAAAAGCCGUUCCAAAAGAUUACUUACUUUGGUGGCGAAGUUUUUUCGUUUUGGCUGUUGCAGGAAGAGGCAGCGUGAAGAGAAAUGAGGAGAAAACGAUGUUUAUUUGUUUGUCCGUUGCUGUUUUU